AUUGAGAGCGGAGCGGCACCUCGGCUUCGGCCUUAACACGCCCCGCGAGAGCCCGGCCCCCUCCUGGAGCAACCAACGCCGUUGUCGCCGCCUCCUCCUCCUCCUCCUCCUCCUCCUCCUCCUCCUCCUCCUCCUAUUUACCCUCCCCCCCCACAGCUUCCCCAGACCGGCCCGCCCGCAUCCCCGGCUCCCCAUGGCGCUGAAGCGGAUACAGAAGGAGCUAAGUGAUCUGCAACGUGAUCCACCUGCACACUGUUCAGCAGGACCUGUUGGAGAUGAUUUGUUCCAUUGGCAAGCAACUAUUAUGGGACCUCCUGACAGUGCAUAUCAAGGGGGAGUCUUCUUUCUCACAGUACAUUUUCCAACAGACUACCCAUUCAAACCACCAAAGAUUGCAUUCACAACAAAAAUAUACCAUCCAAACAUAAAUAGUAAUGGGAGUAUUUGUCUUGAUAUCCUGAGGUCACAGUGGUCACCUGCUCUGACUGUAUCAAAAGUUCUUUUGUCCAUAUGCUCUUUACUCUGUGAUCCUAAUCCAGACGACCCUUUAGUACCAGAUAUUGCACAGAUCUACAAGUCAGACAAGGAAAAAUAUAACAGACAUGCAAGAGAAUGGACACAGAAAUAUGCAAUGUAAACUUUGAAGACUUUUUUCAUAUAUACCAGAGUACUGUAAAUCCUAGGGUUUUUUUCAAAAUUAGAAGUAAAUGGAGCACAGUUUACUGUUUUCAUUGUACCAUGAAGCCCUUUUUGAUUUUCACCCAUGUAAGUGUGUUUCUGGAACAAGGAAAUUAACUACAAAAAUUAACCUGAAGACUGUGAUGAGAGUAUUUAUCCUUUUUGUAUGCUUUGCGAAAGACAUUUAUUCUGUUUUUAAAGAUACUUGGACAUCUGCAUCUCCAACCUACAAGAUCCAUAAUGCAGUUGUAGAGCAACCAAAUUAUUUUUUGCUGAAAAGCUAGGUGUUACAUGAAAAAUAUUCUGUGUCUUUGAAAUGUCAGCCUUGUAAGUUCAUGUUUGAAUUUCAUUCUUUGUUAGUUCAUUGUAUAAUUUGUAUUUUUUUACUGUAUAGACUAUAUUUUUAUUUACCAUGCAAGUCAACUCACUUUAGACUUUCUGUGCAGUAUUGAAGAGAUACAAAUGCUAUUAAAUUAGUGAAGUAUUCUUUCCUGGGGAAUACUCUAUAGUCUUCUUAAAACAAAUUUUGCACUCUAAUUCUCAGUAUGUUGAUUAUGAAGAAACACAUGGUUUUGAUUCUGUUGCAUACUUUUAUUGCAAUGUGAACUAAUUGCACUGCUCUGUAGAAAAAAAUGUAACUAAUUUUGUUCUAUUCACAGCUGACUUUUUAUCCCAUAUGGGCAAUAUAAUAUCUGACCUUUUAACAAAAUUGACUUGAAGCAUUUCCUUAUAAAUAAAACAUGUUUUUUACUA